UUUUACCAAAAGAUAACACGUUGACUCAAUCAGUGCAGCCUGUGUGUAGCGGUUCUCUUGUUUUUAGCUGCGUUGCUGGAAGUGUAGUUUCUUAAACACCGCCCACUGUGGGGAAAUCGAAACCUAACUGUGCAUUAAAAAAAGCGCUCCUUGUAAAAGUCUCCCAUUUUCCAUUAGAGUCCGCUGCGCUCAUUCCGCCGCUCAGCAAACCUGCGCAAUUCAGUUUCGGACAACAUGGCCUACAACCAGCAGCAGACACCUUUUUAUAACCCAAUAAUCCCCUUCACUGGAUCAAUCCACGGUGGUCUGCAGGAGGGGAAGUCCAUCAACAUCAGUGGACGAGUCCUGCCUGGAGUCGAUAGGUUCCAUGUGAAUUUACAGUGUGGUUCCAGGACCAAUGCGGACAUCGCUGUCCACAUAAACCCACGAUAUGACAGCCACCCCGGUUAUGUUGUUAUCAACUCCUUACAGAAUGGCAACUGGGGGCCCGAAGAGAGGAAGCAAAACUCGCCGUUUCCUGCUGGCUCUAACUUCAGCCUCACCGUCACAGUCACACGGGACUCCUACCAGCUGAACGUCAAUGGCUGCCACUUUAUGGAGUACAGACACCGUAUCCCAUUUCACCAGGUGGACACCAUCUCAGUGGGCGGGAAAGUAGAAAUUUCCUCCAUUGCCUUCCAGAACCCUAUGGUGGCAUUUCCUGCACAGCCUGCAUUUGCCGCUCAAGUAGCCUAUCCCACCCAGGCUGGCUUCCCUUCUUAUCCAGGGUUUCCCCCGCAACCUGGAUUCCCAUCUCAGCCUGGAUUCCCAUCUCAGCCUGGAUUUCCAACUCAGCCUGGAUUCCCAUCUCAGCCUGGAUUCCCAUCUCAGCCUGGAUUCCCAUCUCAGCCUGGAUUCCCCUCGCAUACUGGAUUUCCUCCAGCAAUGCCUGCUGUUCCAUACCACAGCGUCAUCAGCGGUGGACUGAAACCUGGCAGGACCAUCACUAUUCAGGGGACUGUUAACCCCAGAGCCACAAGGUUCAGUGUGAAUCUGAGCCAUCCCUCUGGCAUCGCUCUGCAUUACAACCCACGUUUCAACGAGAACGUUGUGGUUCGGAACACCAAGCAGGGGGACCAGUGGGGCGCCGAGGAGCGUGCCGGUGGGAUGCCCUUCCACCAGGGGAAGCCUUUCACGCUGACUAUCUGUUGUGAGAAACAGUGCUUCAGGAUCGUGGCCAAUGGGAUUCAGCAGCACAUCUAUAAGCAUCGUUUCCCUCACUUCCAACACAUCACCACGCUGGAGAUCGCUGGAGACAUCAGUCUGACCUCUGUGAUGGUGUAGAGACCCGGCACCACCGGCUGCUCUGGAUUAUCUUACAACAGAAAAAAACGCUUGCAUUUAUUCAUGAAUCCGUCCUAAUCGAUUACUUAUGGCAUUUAAGGGAGACUGUUAAUUAGUGGAUGCUGUUUAUUUACCUCAUGUGUAUUCAUGCUACAAAUAAUCGUUUUUUAUAUUAUUAUAUGCUAUACAUAUUCUGAAAACAUUGUUUUUUAAAGGAAAACUCCAAGAAGGAUUACCAAGUCCAGUCAGUUCAGGAAUUAAGGAAAUUCUGGUUGAAUUAAUAAGACGAAGAAUUCCGAAGACGUUCUGUAUAAUGAAGUCUCAAAAAAUGAAUACUGUGAUCAUUGUUUAAUUUUUGUGAAACAUUCAAAUUAAAGUAUAGUGUGAUGUGGUUUGUGUGAGGAAUUCUUACCUGCUGGAACAUGACUACAUAAAAGGCAA